CGUCAUCGUAAGCGUCCGCGCCCGCACUCGCCUCCGCCUCGAGCACUGAGCUUGACCCUCAUAUAAAGCGAAGACCUGCGCGAACUCGCACGCAGUCACGACCCAACCACGAUCUUAUACAUUCACCCGGCUUUUUCGCGAUAAACGAUAUCAGUUACUAAAUAAUCAGUGAUACUAAACAGUUUCGGUGAUGGCGACUCAGGAAUGGGGGUACUCAAUUGAAAACGGCCCAGCGACUUGGGUAGAGAAGUUUCCUGAAGCCAGAGGUGCCCGUCAAAGUCCUGUCGAUAUAGAUACAUCUCGUGCCAGUAGCGGUGGAAGCGCUCCGCCUCUUGUAUGGCGCUACUCCGUCAAUCACCCAAGAUCUGUCGUUAACCCGGGCUACUGCUGGCGGGUCGAUGAAAACGGCUAUGACUCAGAACUUCGCGGUGGUCCACUCGGAUCAGACGUGUAUAAGCUCCAACAGUGGCAUUGUCACUGGGGUGCUGUCAAUGGUGAAGGUUCGGAGCACACCGUGGACGGUCGUGCCUUCUCCGGCGAGCUACACCUUGUUCAUUGGAAUACUAGCAAAUACAAUAGUUUUGCUGAGGCGGCAGGACAAACGGAUGGACUCGCUGUUCUUGGAGUAUUGUUAAUGGUUGGGUCCAAGCAUCACGAGCUAGAUAAGGUGGUGAAGUUGCUGCCAUACAUCCAACACAAAGGCGAUAAAGUAACAUUCUCUGAACCCCUGAAUCCCGCUAACCUGCUUCCCCCGCGCGUCGCUUACUGGACAUACCCCGGCUCGCUGACGACACCGCCAUGCACAGAAUCCGUCACUUGGAUUCUGUUUAAGGAACCGGUACAAGUUUCUGCUGAACAGUUAGCGUUAAUGAGAAAAUUAAGAUGUGGCGAAGCGUCGUGCGGAGUUGAAGCAAUGGAACUGCUUCAUAACUAUCGGCCCACUCUCCCCCUCGGCAAUCGAGAGUUACGCGAUUACGGUGGCAACUAACUAUCGCAAAGUAAAAACUUUCACAUAGUGUUAUCAUAAAAGACAAACAGAUACAGAUCUUACAUUGAUUCCGUCUUCAUCUUUAAUUAAUUCUCUGUACGCCUAUGGAAUGCAAAGACAUUUUUGAAACAAUAUUUGUUUCAUCUAGAUGUUAUACAGUUAAUGAUAUUUUGCUUAUAAAUAAUUAUAGUCAAUCACAACAGUGUGUUAGCAGCUAGUAUAGAUUCAGUUAUGAACUUACGUUAUUACUAUUAUUAGCAUUAAGAAUUAUAUUUAUUGUUCGUAAAAUAUUUACGCAAUAUUUUUGUUCAUUCAUAAAGGCAAGUUAUAUAUAUAGACAUAUAUAUAUUCUUAUAUUUUCUUAAGCUAUUUACAAUCACAUUGUACCUAUAUUAUAAUAUAUACCAACUCUGUUUUUAAAAAAAACUUUUGUUAGUAAACUAGUAUGUGCAAAAAGAAAUCAAAGUGAAAUCAGUGCCUUAAGGUUGAUCUUAAUAUAUAACUUGAACGAAGAACGGCAAGUUUCUACAUCGUACAAUAAUAUCUCAAAGAUAUAUGAAAAUUCUAUACUGUUUUGGUAAAUUUACAGUCCAAUUUAUAUAAUAAAGUUAGUAACUAAGCGGUAAAUAGAAUAUGUACUCGUAUAAAUAGUAAUCUGUAGCAUUUAUUGUCUUUAUUAUUUAAAGGCAUGUGUUUUUAUAAAUAUAUACGUAGUUAAUGUACAUGAACAAUUAAUUAUGUGUAUUGUUUGCGUUUUGUUGUUUCAGAUAAGUAAUGACACAGUUAUAUUAACUGUGAUCUCACCCAAAAACACCUAUGAUAUAAUCAUUUUAUAAUUAAGACAAUAACCUUAAAUAUUAUUUUGUUGUGUUGCAUACGUUGCUUUUGCAGUAUUCUGCGACAUUAUAUAUAAAUGUGUAAAAAAAUAAAUUAUAUUAUUCAA